AUGGAUUACAGAAAUGGACCGUCGAAGGGAACGGCAGGGAUCCGUGGUAAAGACGAUGAUAAAAAAUUAUUCGUCGGAGGAUUGCCAAAACUUUGCGGUGAAAAAGAACUGAACGAAACAUUUUCAAAAUUCGGUACCAUCGAAUCCAUAAACAUAAAAAAAGAUCCCAUAACGAAAGUUCCUCGCGGAUUUUGUUUCAUCGUUUUCAGUGAUCCGAACGUCGUGGAUCAAAUUCUCUCGUCGGGAGACAUAUGUGUCAAUGGUAAAAAAGUCGAUCCGAGGAGGGUGACGAAAACGACGCCCCCGGGAAAAAUAUUCAUCGGAGGUUUGACGACGGAUUUCACGGAGGAAAAAAUAAAAGAACAUUUCAGUCAGUACGGUAAAAUAACGGAUGUACAAUGGCCGUUCGACCGGCAAAAAAAUCAAAAGAGAGCCUAUUGCUUUUUGACUUUCGAAAAUCGCGACACGGUCACGGAGCUGUUGAAAACGCCAAAGCAAGAAGUUCUCGGAAAAGAAUUGGACGUCAAAAAAGUUAAACUUAAUCCGGAAACAAUGUGGCAACACGGCGGAGCCAUCGGAGCUUAUCCGGGAGGAAGAGGACGGGGAGCCUAUGCUCCCGCUUACGGAGCCGCAUACACGUACCCGGCCUACGGCUACGAUUACGCACCCGUCGACUACACGGGCUACGAAGAUUACUGCAAGGCCUACGAAACAUAUUAUGACAAUUACGACUACGACGCAUAUCCUCCGGCGUAUGCACCGAGGGCGCCGAGGGGAGGUCGCACCGUCGGAGGCUACGCCCGACACGCUCCCUACUGA